AUGGAUUUGAAAGAUACAUGUCUCAUGGGUUGCAAACCAUCAUCUGUUCCUAUGGAUCCCAUGAAGGAACUGCAGCUGGACUCAACACCUCCUAUGGAAGACUCAUCAAAAUACAGAAGACUCAUUGGGAGACUUUUGUAUCUGUGCAUCACAAGGCCAGACAUCACUUUUGCAGUUCAUAAGUUAAGUCAAUAUGUAUCCAAGCCAUGUGUUGAGCAUUGGCAAGCAACAGAAAAGAUUUUGAAGUACCUGAAGGAAACUCCAGCUCAUGGAUUGUUCUAUUCCAGCAGCAACAAACCUACACUGAGCAUCUUCUCAGAUGCUGAUUGGGCAGCACGUCCUGAUAAAAGGAAGUCCAUGACAGGGUACUGCUUGUUUCUAGGUAAUUCUUUGAUCUCUUGGAAAGCUAAGAAACAAAAUACUAUUUCUAGAUCAUUUCCAGAAGUAGAGUAUAAAGCUAUGGCUCAGACAACUUGUGAGAUGGUGUGGACAAUGACUUUGCUUGGUGACUUUGGAGUAAAAACUGAGAAAGUUGUGUUUUUGUAA